CAGACCAGCUCGUGGGUCCCGAGCCGCCAGGAGACGCGGGAAGGAGGGGCGCUGGGGUCUGGCGGAGACCCCGGCGUGUAUCGUUCCCCGAGGAAUCCUCCCCUCCCCAGGCCCGUCAUCUGUUGAGCGUUGGAGAGAAGGAACCGGGGACAUUGAGGAAAGCUGAAUAGGUUGGCACUCCCUUGCCGAACUUUUCCCCCCAAGGCAGGCUUCUGACGAGGGGCCACGGGAAGGGGUCCAGGACCUCAGAGAGUCGGCUCUCCUCUGGGUGGGCCUUGGCGUGUGUGGGAGCUGUUUUUCUCAGAGAAAAUGCUCAACCGGCAAGUUCAGGUCUCCAGCCCCACCAGGAAAGCGCCCAGGGAAGGUUCUAGUGUCUCCCCGCCCCUUUGUUAGGCAGCGCACUUGUGUAGAAUGGUAGCGAGGCUUCUGCAGACCUGUGGCCCAAGCCUGUGAGGCUGGUUCUCAUGGGUCGACUGAAUUGGAUUUAUUCAGGUUCUUUUCUCCCUCUUCCCCUUCUCUCCACUUCACCUAAGUUACAAAGGCUGCGUAGGGUGAGCUGUUCUGGAGUUAAACUGCUUUACUUUAUUCAGACUUGGAACAGUCUUUUAAACUUCUGAGAACACCGGAGCAGUAAUACAUCAAGAAAUCAUGAAGGAGCCCAGGCAACGCAAAGAUAAUAGACGCCCUGAUCUGGAAAUCUAUAAGCCUGGUCUUUCACGACUAAGGAACAAACCUAAAAUCAAAGAACCCUCUGGGAGUGAUGAAUUUAAGGAUGAAAUUGUUAAUGACAAAGAUUCUUCAGCUGUUGGAAAUGGUACACAGCUCAUCAAAGAUGUCUGCAAGGAACUCGACAACCAACAGCAAAAUGGUCCUGUAGACCCAGAAAAUAUUCGGGCACAGGAGUCUUCUCCUAGAAUUGCUGGACAAGAGGAUCGAAGUCUAAGAAUCAUCAAGAAAACAAAGAAACCUGACAUGCAGAUCUAUCAGCCUGGAAGGCGUAUGCAGACUCUUACCAAAGAAUCUACUAGCAGGAUGGAUGAGGAAGAAAUCCUCAACCAGGUAGAACAACUGAAAGUAGAGGAAGAUGAAUGUAGGGAACAAAUGAAAGAGGAAGUUGUGAAUAAACCAGACAAAAAUGAGAUACAAAAGAGCCUAAAUUGUGACAGAGUAAGGGCUGCAAAGGGAGAAAAAGGAAAGAGGAUUGAAAAAGGGGAGGGGAUGAAGAAAGUGAAUGAAGACCCAGCACAGGGGAAGCCUGGUUCUGCAAAGCGCUAUUCCCGCUCAGACAAACGAAGGAACCGCUACCGCACUUGCAGUACCAGCUCAGCUGGUAGCAACAACAGUGCUGAGGGGUCUGGCGUGACUGAUAAUGGAUGUCGCCGCCGCCGCCAGGAUAGGACCAAGUUGAGGUCACGACUGAAGAAGCAAGUGUCUAUGUCCUCAACUGACUCCUUGGAUGAGGACAGAAUUGAUGAGUCUGAUGGGCCCAGGAGGAGCUCAGAAAGGAAGAAACAUUUAGAAAGAAACUGUUCAGGACGUGGGGAGGGAGAGCAGAAAAGCAACGGUAAAGAAAAUCGAGGCACUCUUCGUGUCACUUUUGAUGCAGAAACCAUGAACAAAGAUUCCCCCAUAGUGAGGCCAGCCAGAGAGGAUGUGGAUAGGUUAAAGCCUGAUAAAGGCUUGAGCAGUGGGGGCAAAGGCUCUGAGAAGCAGGAGUCCAAAAACCUGAAACAAGAACUUCGGGGUCGUGGCCGUGGCAUUCUGAUUCUGCCUGCCCAUACCACCCUAACUGUCAAUUCAGCUGGUUCUCCAGAGUCUACACCUUUGGGACCUCGGCUAUUAUUUGGAUCUGGUAGUAAGGGAUCUCGGAGUUGGGGCCGAGGAGGCACCACUCGACGAUUGUGGGACCCAAACAAUCCUGAUCAGAAACCUGCUCUAAAGAGCCAGACACCCCAGCUACAUUUCUUGGACACUGAUGAUGAAGUCAGCCCUACAUCUUGGGGUGACUCACGCCAGGCCCAAGCAUCUUACUAUAAGUUUCAAAACUCUGACAACCCUUAUUACUACCCCCGGACACCAGGCCCUGCCUCCCAGUAUCCUUAUGCAGGCUAUAGCCCUCUGCAGUACCCAGUGGGCCCUACAAAUGGUGUGUACCCAGGACCUUACUACCCAGGCUACCCGACUCCAUCAGGACAAUAUGUUUGUAGUCCUCUCCCUGCCAACACCAUGAGUCCUGAGGAGAUGGAGCAGCACAUGAGGAACAUGCAGCAACAAGAACUACAUAGGCUUCUCCGGGUGGCUGAUAACCAGGAACUGCAGCUCAGCAACCUGCUCUCCAGGGACCGCAUCAGUCCUGAGGGCCUGGAAAAGAUGGCUCAGCUUAGAGCUGAACUGCUGCAGCUAUAUGAGCGCUGUAUUCUAUUAGAUAUUGAGUUCUCUGAUAAUCAGAAUGUGGAUCAGAUCCUGUGGAAGAAUGCUUUCUAUCAGGUGAUUGAGAAGUUCAGGCAGCUUCUCAAGGAUCCGAAUGUUGAUAACCCAGAACAGAUUCGGAACAGACUGUUGGAACUCUUGGAUGAGGGUAGUGACUUCUUUGAUAGUUUGCUUCAAAAGCUGCAGGUUACUUACAAGUUCAAACUGGAGGACUACAUGGAUGGUCUUGCCAUUCGUAGCAAGCCAUUACGCAAGACAGUAAAAUAUGCCUUGAUCAGUGCCCAGCGAUGUAUGAUUUGUCAAGGAGAUAUUGCUAGGUAUCGGGAACAAGCCAAUGACACAACAAACUACGGGAAAGCACGCAGUUGGUACCUGAAGGCCCAGCACAUUGCUCCCAAGAAUGGGCGCCCCUAUAACCAGCUGGCUCUGCUGGCAGUGUAUACGAGGAGGAAGCUUGAUGCUGUGUAUUACUAUAUGCGCAGUUUAGCUGCCAGCAACCCUAUCCUGACUGCCAAGGAGAGUCUCAUGAGCUUGUUUGAAGAGACCAAACGAAAGGCAGAACAGAUGGAAAAAAAGCAACACGAGGAAUCGGAACUGAACCCUGACCAGUGGCGGAAAGGGAAGAAAUCUACUUUCCGGCAUGUUGGAGAUGACACUACUCGCCUGGAGAUCUGGAUUCAUCCAUCCAAUCCCCGGUCCUCUCAGGGCACUGAGUCUGGGAAGGAUUCUGAGCAGGAGAAUGGGCUGGGCAGCCUGAGCCCCAAUGAUCUGAACAAAAGGUUCAUCCUCAGUUUUCUCCAUGCCCAUGGGAAGCUGUUUACCCGGAUUGGGAUGGAGACAUUCCCUGCAGUGGCUGAGAAGGUGCUCAAGGAGUUCCAGGUAUUGCUGCAGCAUAGUCCCUCUCCUGUUGGAAGUACUCGCAUGCUGCAGCUUAUGACCAUCAACAUGUUUGCUGUACACAACUCCCAGUUGAAAGAUUGCUUCUCGGAGGAGUGUCGCUCUGUGAUCCAGGAGCAAGCCGCAGCCCUGGGUUUGGCCAUGUUUUCUCUCUUGGUGCGGCGCUGCACCCACUUACUUAAGGAGUCUGCCAAAGCUCAGCCAUCCUCUCCUGAGGAUGAGGAUGACCAAGAUGACAUCAAGGUUUCUUCCUUCGUUCCGGACCUGAAGGAACUGCUCCCCAGUGUGAAAGUCUGGUCAGACUGGAUGCUCGGCUACCCAGACACCUGGAAUCCUCCACCCACAUCCCUGGAUCUGCCCUCACAGGUUGCUGUGGAUGUGUGGUCGAUGCUGGCUGAUUUCUGUAACAUAUUGACUGCGGUGAAUCAGUCUGAGGUGCCACUGUACAAGGACCCGGACGAUGACCUCACCCUUCUUAUUCUGGAAGAGGAUCGGCUUCUCUCGGGCUUUGUCCCCUUGCUGGCUGCCCCUCAGGAUCCCUGCUACGUGGAGAAAACCUCGGAUAAGGUUAUUGCAGCCGACUGCAAAAGGGUCACAGUGCUGAAGUAUUUUCUGGAAGCCCUUUGUGGACAAGAAGAGCCUCUGCUGGCAUUCAAGGGUGGAAAAUAUGUGUCAGUGGCACCCGUCCCAGACACCAUGGGAAAGGAAAUGGGAAGCCAAGAGGGAAAACAACUGGAAGAUGAGGAGGAGGAUGUGGUGAUUGAAGACUUUGAAGAAGAUUCAGAGGCUGAAGGCAGCGGGGGCGAGGAUGACAUCAAGGAGCUUCGGGCCAAGAAGCUGGCCCUGGCCAGGAAGAUAGCCGAGCAGCAGCGUCGCCAAGAAAAGAUCCAGGCUGUCCUGGAGGACCACAGUCAGAUGAGGCAGAUGGAGCUCGAGAUCAGACCCUUGUUCCUCGUACCAGACACCAACGGCUUCAUUGACCACCUGGCCAGUCUGGCACGGCUUCUGGAGAGCAGGAAGUACAUCCUGGUGGUGCCCCUCAUCGUGAUCAAUGAGCUGGAUGGCCUGGCCAAGGGUCAGGAGACAGAUCACCGGGCUGGGGGCUAUGCCCGUGUGGUGCAGGAAAAGGCCCGGAAGUCCAUCGAGUUCCUUGAGCGGCGAUUUGAGAGUCGGGACUCUUGCCUGCGGGCCCUAACCAGCCGUGGCAACGAACUCGAAUCCAUCGCCUUCCGCAGUGAGGACAUCACUGGCCAGCUGGGUAACAACGAUGACCUGAUCCUCUCCUGCUGCCUUCACUACUGCAAAGACAAGGCGAAGGACUUCAUGCCCACCAACAAAGAGGAGCCCAUCCGGCUGCUGCGGGAGGUGGUGCUGCUGACCGAUGACCGGAACCUGCGUGUGAAGGCGCUGACCAGGAACGUGCCCGUGCGGGACAUCCCGGCCUUCCUCGCGUGGGCCCAGGUGGGCUGAGGGGGCCACGCUGGGCCCCCCCAUGGAACCGCUCCUGAGAGGCCACCAGGUGCCCAGUGUAGCACGGAAGAUGCCCACAUGCCUGAGCCACCAAACCACCCAGACAAUAAACCAUCCUCUUCCAACCCACACCGUGGCCGUGCUGUGGGGGAGCUGCUCCUCACAGAGCCCCUCCCAAGGGUUGGGCGGAAGCUGCUGGGACCCUCCUGGGCUGUCAAGAUUGAGUAGGGAGGUGGCUGGCUGCAGUGACAGCGGGUGGGCGAGCUAGAUAGGCUGCCCAUGCUCUCAGUCUUUCUCCCUCCCCUACUUAAAGGGCUGGGGGAAGGCUUUCUCAGCCUCGGGAGUCAGCCACUUUCUCAAGUGGAGAUGGGUUAAGGAGGUUAGAAUUUCCAUCAGAUGCAGGUGAAGUCACGGGUCCCUUUAAUCUCCAUCAGAACCCCUGUGCUGAACGUGUCCAAGGGGCUUGGCCACGCCAUGAAGAGAGUGCCCAGGGGGUGUCUUUCCCUCAAGGCCUGGGUUCCCACAUGGACCUAAGUUGGGCUGUGGACACCAUGUUCCAUACAGCAGCCCUAGAUCCCCACUUCUUCUGCCCCAAACACCACCCCCCCCCCAUCCUGCUGCUCUUCCUGCCCUUAUCAAUCUGGGUCCAUUACACUUUGCCCUCUUCCCCGUGGAUGGUCAGGAGUCUAGAGGAAAGGGACAUCUGGUCUCAGGCCCAUGCUUCCUGGGUGGCCUUUGCCUGCUUCCUGUCCCCUUGGCCUUCCUUUUGCUCUAGUUCCCACUGGACAAAAUUUCCUGAUUUUUCUCAUUUCUCCCCUCCUCUCUCUUGUCUUCCUUCUCUCCCCCCUGCAUCAGCCCACCCCCCCUCCUCUUUCUAGUUGAUCCCUCUCACCUUCCUGGUCCCCUCAAUCUCACCUCAGUUCCUUGCCAUGGGUGUUCUCACUCUGAAUCUCCCUCUUCCUUCAGUACCUGUACCAGGAACCUAAUUAAGCUCCCCUUUCCCCAGCCUUCUUUCCCAGGCCCCUGUGCUACGAGAAUCCUCCAGGCUCGUGCCUGGAAGAGAGCAUUGCCUAGCCUGGAGUUUGCACCCGAUUUCUAGCUUUCCCUAGAAGAGCUUGACACAGGGCCUUUGAGUUUUUCGUUGCCUCUUUAGUUAGCACCUGUGUUCAAAGCCUCGCUCAGGAGGCUUCCUACUGCACUGGGGAGUCAUUCUCUCAACCCAGGAACAGAGGUGCGGGGAAGACAGGGUUUUGACGAGAAGCCAGGAUUAAGUUUUGAUGGGACCAGUGGGGGUAUCCCUUAGAACCCCUAACUAUAUGUAGCCUGCCCAGAGGAUGGGAGCUUGGCUGUGCCCUCCCGAGGCCCGAGAGUAUGCCAGAAGGAGGACGGACUGUACAGGGGAGCCACAGCCAAUGGUUUGGGGGUAUAAGUUUCCCAGGGCCUCAGAAAACCAGGUUCUUUGGGUACAAUGUCCCCAGCCUCCUUUGAGAUCCUCUGCCCUGGAUGAAGGCUAAUGACUGGGUGGGUGGGAGACCCAGCUCUCCUUUCUGUCCUAUUUGCAGCACUGGUUUUGUUUCCUUAAUAAAUUUUUAGUUAUGAGAUA